GUCCUAUUUAUGGAGGUUGCAUAUGGAGCAAUAAUAGCAUAGAGAGCAAGGGAAGAAGCAGAAAUGGUGUCAGAAACAGAGAGCAAGAAGCACUUUGUACUGGUGCAUGGAUCUUGCCACGGUGCUUGGUGUUGGUACAAGGUCAAGCCACGUCUGCAAUCAGCCGGCCAUCGCGUCACGGUGCUGGACCUUGCAGCUUCAGGCAUCCACCCCUCCAAAAUCGAAGAUCUUGGCUCCUUGUUGGAUUAUUCUCAGCCUUUGCUGAAGCUGUUGGCGUCCCUCCCUCCCGACGACAAAGUAGUUCUAGUCGGACACAGCUUUGCCGGCAUGAACUUAGCCCUCGCCCUCGACCUCUUCCCUCACAAAGUAGCCCUUGCUGUUUUCUUAACGGCCUUCCUCCCAGACACCCAUCACUCUCCUUCCUAUGUCUUGCGAAAGUUUCUGGAGACGAUCCCGACCGAUGCAGGGUGGUUAGACACGGAGUUCUCUAAUCACGGGACCUUGCGAACUCUGUUGUUUGGUCCCAAGUUCUUGUCCUCCAAGCUCUAUCAACUCUGCUCCCCACAGGAUGUAGAAUUGGCUAAGGCAUUAAUGAGGCCAGCAUCCUAUUUUGUGGACGACUUGUCUAAAGCCAACAACUUCUCUCAGGAGGGAUACGGGUCCGUUCCACGAGUUUUCAUUACUUGCAACGAGGACCUGACGAUCACGAUAGAGUUUCAGCACUGGAUGAUCCAUAAUGCUGGAGUUAAAGAGAUUCUGGAAAUCAAAGACUCAGACCACAUGCCUAUGCUUUCUAAGCCCCAGGAGCUCUGCGACGCUCUCCUCCUCGUUGCUUCUAAGCAUGAUGCUUAGAUUAAAUUAAUGUGGUUUGCGGUGUUCUUAUUUCAUUUGCUUAUCAGCUUGUCACUGGAGACCGGGAGGCAUCAAUAAAUUAAUUGGAUUAUCGUGUUCACAAAACGGUAAUUGAAGUCAAUAUCAAUUUAUCAAUAAAAAUUAUGGUCCACAACU